UCUACCCCCUCUGCACUCGUAAAGCUUUCCAAGGGGUGGUUGGGGUCCACGUGGCGCAACACGGUGCUGUCAGUCGCGUCGGACAAGCCAAACGCGUAUCACGUUCCAGAGCAGGCCGGAUUUGACGCGUUUCGCGAGGCAUAUAUAGUCGACUACCUCAAUGGUGCUAUUCUCGCCGUCAAUCGAAAUCGAUCCGCCGCAUCCGUUAUCGAUCGUAUCGUAAUACGACGACCAUUCGAAGAGUACGGCGAUCGAUUCACGCCCGUUCUCCUGAUAGUCUCGCUCGCGGGGAUUAAAGUAUGCAGUCCAGAUGGAAAAUGCGUGCAAAUGGCGCACGCGUUAAGACGCAUCUCUUACGCGACUUGUGAGCCGCAGCACGCCCAAUUCAGCUUUCUGGCACGAGAACCCAGAGCCCACUUCAGCCUACAGUACUGUCAUUCUUUUAUCACCGAGUCUGCAGACCAGGCGGAGGAGCUGAACACCAUCGUUGGCAAUGCUUUCCGCAUGGCGUACGUGGCGCAGCUUCAGCGCCAGCCGAUCCUUCAGGAUGUAAUCUCGCCGCGAUCGACGCCGUCUUAUCGCAAGGACAAGCAGGAGCAUCGAACGUCGUGGAACAAAUCGCUGGCUGGGGGGGACGACAACACGGUCGCCGCGGGCGCUUGCAGGAGUCCGUCGUCGAACUCGUGGCUGAAGAGUCGGACGUCGCCCACCACCAGGACUGGAAGGGGUCCACCCGCAGCAGCGGAUAUGAACGUGCAGCUCGGCAGCGCCGGCUCGCCCACGCUGCGGCUCGCCAGCGUAAAGACGCCGAACUCGAUCCCGGGUCUGCGGCCGUCGUUCACGAACGUCCUCGGUCCCAUUACGGGCGUGGACGAGCCGAAGAGCAUAUCCCAGCAGAGCACGCCGAGCAGCGACGAGAGCAACUCGCCGACGGAGUUGAACUCGUACAAGAGGCUAACGGACAAGCCGCCGCUGAUAAAGCGGCUGGCGAUGGGCUUGACAGGUGGACGCGACGUUCUUGGGCUGAACGGUGAGGAUGACAGCUGCCCGCUCGUCAGCGGUAGCAGCACGCCGACCAGCCCGUCAAAUAGGCCCCACUCCGGGGGCUACAUAAACGAGGCGAUCAUCGACUCGGAGGGCACGAGGCCGUCGUACAACAAGAUCCCGCCGUCCGAGAGCCUCGACAAUACCAUCAACGCGUCCAUCACCAACGCGAAGAACUUCAACAUCGAGAACAACAGGAUAGGGCACAAUUGCCCGGACUCGGGCACGGAGGCGGAAUUCAAGUCGAAAAGAAGAUCGCAAAUUAGCACGUCGAGCAGCUCGGUACCCGCUGACGGAAGCACUCAUGGCUCCACGCCAACCCCGCCGCCUUUACCCGAGAGAACAGACAGCCUGAAUAAUCGAAGCGAGGAGGCCGAGCUACGCAAAGCGCCCUGGUUUCAGGCUGGAAUACCCAGAGAGAUAACGCUGGAGGUAUUGAGCCAGGAGCCGGAAGGAGCAUUCAUGGUGCGCGAGAGUACCAGCAAGCCCGGAUGUUACGCCCUCUCCCUCCGCGUGCCCCGUGAAUUCCAGCCGAGCGGGAUAGCCCAUUAUCUCAUAAUGCGUACAAACAAAGGUUACAAAAUCAAAGGCUUCACGAAAGAGUUUACGACGCUCACCGCGCUAAUCACUCACCACUCGGUCAUGCCGGAAUUACUGCCGUGCCCGUUGUCGCUGAGCCGAUAUAAUCCGAGCUUCGUCAAGACUGACUCCAGCAAGGAUUUCGCGGACAUCGACUCGGACCCGGAUUACAAUACCCUGGCGGAUUUUCGCAAAAUGAUGGCCGAUCUGAACGUUUAGAACGAUCGUCGAGGCUUCACUUCCUCUCUUUUUGCACUUUUCCGUGAUUUUUUUUAUCGCGAUUCACGUGAAAAACCGGUUGGAAAAUAGAUUGCGAGGCACCGUUCGGUAUUAUUUUGUACCUGGAUCGAUUUUGUGCCAUUGCAUCGUACGUAAAAGGACGACGUCUUACACUCGCGAUCGCGUAGUCCGCGAGGAAACGAUCUCCGCCCCCGGGAUAGUUUGGUGCAGCGCACAUUGGACGACGCUUAGUUAAGAACGAAUCUAUGUUCCGGAAAGACUCGCACAGCCACCAGUGAUACAUACUCGUAAGUCAUUAAUAACGAUAAGAAACGUAUAGCGUAUACACAAAAAAAAGAAUAUCAAUUCUACCACCAAGAAAAACGAUUACUCAACUUACUUUUCUCCCUAAUAACUAACGGUUAUUUUCAACAAAGAAUAUAUAAAAUCUAUGAUAGACUUGCGGAUAUAAAAAACUUAUAAUUAUUUGAAGAAAUACUUGAUAUUUAUUUAAUUCAAGCAGAUAUUUUUCUGUGUGUACACAGAAGUGUUUUAAGUGAAUAUUACAUUUUCAAGUAAAUAUUAUCUAUUAUUAAAUUAUCAAGAUAUUCGUUGAAGAUAAUUGUUACUUAAAAGAAGAAAACUAAGAAAUAAGUAACUGCUUUUCUUAACAUGAGAAUGAUAUUUUUUUCUGUGUAGAUAAUUUAAUAACUGCUAGUGUUACACGGACGCGUGACUGAAAUAGCGAUGCGACUUUUUUUUCGUUUUGUAUUACAGCACACGCGAGAUGUUAGUUUUUAGUUUAAGUUUAAUGUAGCGGACGAGGCGAAACAAUUGACGUCCGUCGAAUCUUCAAUCAGAGUAAAUUAUUUUCGCGAAAUAUACGUUCACGAGCGCUCGUUACGAGGAUUAUUAUAUUUUUUUCGCGAGUUUCUCUACGUUAAAUGAAAACAGAUCGAAUUUUGUUAUCGUUUGGAUCGUCCCCGACAGUUGCAACGAUGCCAAACGAUUCGUAUGAUAUAUCUUUGUUAUAAAAUGUAUGAUAGAAUCGAGUAUAAUUGGAGAAUUAAGAAGAUGAGAGGAUUCAAUUCAUUGCGUUCAAAUACAAAGUGAAUUUUAAUUUAUGAUUCGUUAAGAGGACGUCAAAAGUACAUAACGAUGCAGAAGAAAACGGAGGGUGAUAUUUUACAUGAGGGACGAUGUUCUCUCCGAGAGAAAAAUCGAUACCUUCUUUCAGGACAGCGUUUACAUUAAGAUAUUUAUCCAUUUAGUUCCUCUCAUGAUUGCAGCUUCAUGGCGUUUGAAAGUGAUCUAGUAAUUUUUAUUUGACUGAAACGAUUAUCUAAUACUUUUCUAUAAGAUGUAACUGAGGAUUGUAUUACCAUCGUCGCACAUAACGUAAACUGUAUUUUGUCGCUUCGAAAGCAGGAAGGCUGUCGUGUAAUACGAAAAACGCAAUCGCCUUCUUCUUUAUAACUUUUACAAUCAAAAGUGUUCACUUGAAAUGCGAGAAGUACGAGGAACCGUCACAUAUCCAAGCGGUCACGAUAACAUGAAAAUGAGUCAUGAUUGAUAAAAAAA